AUGUCAGCCCUUACUCGUGCUCUGCCAAGACUUAGAACUGCUACAGCUGUAGUGCAGCAGGCUGCUAGACAACAGCUUAGAUGCUAUGCGUCUUAUCCACCACACACUGUGAUUGGCAUGCCGGCUUUGUCGCCCACGAUGACGAAGGGAAAUCUGGCAGUUUGGUCCAAAAAAGUUGGUGAUAAGCUUGAACCUGGUCAAGUAAUUGCGGAAAUUGAGACCGAUAAAGCCCAGAUGGAAUUUGAAUUCCAAGAAGACGGUUAUUUGGCAAAGAUUUUGGUCGAAGAAGGUACAAAGGAUAUUCCAGUCGGUAAGCCUAUCGCCGUGUACGUCGAAGACGAGGGCGACGUUGCGGCGUUCAAGGACUUUACUGCUGAGGAGUCUGCUCCAGCCAAGAAAGAGACUGAGAAUACCGGCGAGAAGGAGGGUGAGAAGGAUUCCGCUUCUUCUUCUUCGGACAAGGCUUCGAAACCCGCCAAAAAAACGGAAUCUUCUUCUCCUGCGACUAAAGCUCCAACUGGCAGAAUCUUUGCGUCUCCACUUGCCAAGACCAUUGCUUUGGACAAGGGAAUUUCCUUGAAACAAGUCACAGGCACUGGUCCUAACGGCAGAAUCACCAAAUCGGAUGUCGAAGAGUUCCUGUCUAAGGCACCCAAAGCCGCAAGCGGCGCCAGCGCUAACGCUGGCACCCCUGCUACUGUGAGCAGCUCGUACGAGGACGUACCAAUCAGCAACAUGAGAAGAAUCAUUGGAGAGCGCUUGCUGGAGUCCACCCAAGGCACUCCUUCCUACAUUGUCUCGUCGCAGAUCUCGGUGUCGAAGUUGUUGAAAUUAAGGCAAUCUUUGAACGCUACGGGUAAAGACGAAUACAAGCUCUCGGUCAAUGACAUGCUGAUCAAGGCCAUAACUGUGGCAGCAAGAAGAGUGCCCGACGCGAAUGCGUACUGGCUACAGAACGAAGGCGUUGUUCGGAAGUUCAAGAAUGUCGACGUUUCGGUCGCCGUCGCAACUCCAGCGGGUUUGCUGACUCCUAUUGUGAAGAAUGCUGAGUCCAAGGGCCUUGUUUCGAUCUCCAAAGAAGUGAAAGAUCUAGGUAAACGUGCAAAGGCUAACAAAUUGAUGCCAGAGGAAUUCCAAGGUGGUACCAUCUGCAUAUCCAACAUGGGUAUGAACGACGCGGUUUCCAUGUUCACCUCGAUCAUCAACCCACCUCAAUCCACUAUCUUGGCUAUCGGUACUGUUCAACGUGUCCCUGUUGAAGAUGCGGGCGCCGAGUACGGUUUCUCGUUCGACGAUAAGAUGAACAUCACGGGUACGUUUGACCACAGAACAAUCGACGGUGCAAAGGCUGGCGAAUUCAUGAGAGAACUGAAAAAGGUCGUGGAAAAUCCCCUACAGAUGCUCUUGUAA